UAUUUAACUAUUCCUUGCUUCAGAUACUAAAAGUCGUAAACUUUAGUUGAAAUUUACUUGAUUAUUAGAUAUAAGUCAUUUAUCUAGAUUUCCAGUUUAUACUUAUAUAAGAAUAAUCAUAAUGGCUCAAGUAGUUUUCGGUUUUGAUGGGCUAAUAUGGAUUUUAUCUUCUAAUUUUUGCUUCUAAAUUUAUGUGUAUAUUGUAAUUAUUUUACCCAUUUUCUGCAGGUUUUUCUCAAGGAGUAUGUUGGGACUUGAUUAUAUAUGAUCUAGUUGUCAUGUUAAGCAACUCUUUAUGGGUUUUUACUGCAUUAGAAUCAAGUUUUGUUCAAGGGGGACUUUGAUAUAGCAAGUCCUUGAUGCUUAUUUUCGGGUUUCGAAAACUGAUUUAUGCCCUAAAAUUAUAUUGACUAACUAUGGUAAAGAAAUAUAGUAUUGGCAAUGAGGAACUAGAAACAUUAUGGGAGGAAGUUAGGGAGCUAAGCCUUGGUACCUCUACCCAUGUCGAACGGCUUCAGUCUCCUCCUUCACCCGUUGAAUUCCUUAGAAAUUAUGUGACUCCUAACAAGCCUUGCAUCAUAUCCAAUGCCCUUGAACACUGGCCUGCCCUUUCUUUAUGGACUUCUGAUGACUAUCUCUGCCAAGCCCUUGGAUCCACAGAGGUGUCUGUCCAUCUAACUCCAAAUGGCCGAGCUGAUUCUUUAGUCCCUCAUCCUGCAGACUCUUCAUCCCUUUGCUUUGCGUCAGCUCAUGUAGAACGCAUGUCAUUUCCUGAUGCUUUUCACCUCAUCUCUGAUUCUGGAGAGAGUGGAAAUGUUGUGGCAUAUGCUCAGCAACAGAAUGAUUGCUUUAGGUCAGAGUAUGGAGCUUUAGCUUCAGAUUGUGAUGCACAUAUUGAUUGGGCCUCUGAAGCUUUAGGGUGUCUCCCAGAGGCUGUUAACCUUUGGAUUGGUAACAAUCACUCUGAGACAUCAUUCCACAAAGACCAUUAUGAAAAUCUUUAUGCGGUUGUUUCGGGUGAGAAACAUUUUCUUCUAUUGCCACCUACUGAUAUUCAUCGCCUGUAUAUUCGUCCAUACCCAGCUGCAAAUUACUCUUACUGUCAGGAUACAGGAGAGUUCAAUCUGGAACUUGAAGAUCCUGUACGACAUGUCCCUUGGUGCAGUGUGAAUCCUUAUCCAUCUCAAGGGAGAGAGGAGAAGGAACACAAUGACUUUCCUUUGUUUUUCAAUGGGCCAAAGCCAUUUGAGUGUACAGUUAAGGCUGGGGAGAUAUUGUACCUGCCUAGUAUGUGGUUUCAUUAUGUGAAGCAAAGCCCACGCACAAUUGCAGUCAAUUAUUGGUAUGAUAUGCAGUUUGAUAUGAAAUACGCUUACUUCAACUUUUUGCAAUCAGUUAAUCCUAUUGCUUGAAGAAGUAGUUUGAAGAAUCUGGUGCCUAAUGCUUCAACGCCUUCUUUGAUGGAGUCAUUUUUGGUUUAGGCGAAGCAUGUUGAUUUAAUUGCGAAAUUGUAUUAGUGAAAGAUACAUGAAUAUCUAGGAAUUAGUUUUACUUAUUUUUUUGGUCCAUUCCUACUUUAUUCUUUGUAUCCAAAUUUGGUACAUGCAUUGAAAAAUUAGUAUUUGAUGAGUGACACUAGGAAAUUUUGGGGAUGAUAAUUGUAUAGAGAAAUGAGGACCGAGCUUUGUAAUUCAAUUCUUAAAUUAAAUUUAGGAAGGACUUACUUUUACAACAUUUUACAGAGUGUGGUGUACGUGGGAAUGAGUUGGGAUUGGAUUGGGAUUGAGAAUAGAUGAACUCAUCAAAUUACUGCCAUUACCUUCUUUAUGUGUGAUGGUUGAUAGGGAUUGGUUGGGAAUGAAUAACAAAUUACCAAAUUUAUUUCUUACAAACACAUUA